UAAUUACCAAAAUUCUCCAUUGGCGCUCUUUCUUCCAUUUCCAUUUCGCACCUAGGGUUUUCGAAACUCCUCCACUCCCAUUUUUGGCGCUCCCACUCUCCAAAUCGUGUCUGUUUCUUGGUAGAUCCUCCGGAUUCCAGCCUCAGAUUCGGAGUUAUGCCUCCGGUUACCUUGACGGAAGGGGCGAUUGCGAUCCUCUCGAGCGGCGAUACACAGCCUACCGAUGUGAAGCCGGUGCUGCAGGUCGUCGAUAUUCGGCUUGUCAACACUCAGAGUCAGAAUAACAGUGAGAGGUAUCGGAUCCUGCUUUCCGACGGCUCGUUCACUCAGCAGGGUAUGCUCGCAACCCAGCGGAACGAGUUGGUCCGCUCCCAGAAGGUGCAGAAGGGAUCUAUUGUUCAGUUGACGCAGUUCGUCUGUAACGUUAUUCAGAACCGAAUGAUUGUCAUCAUCAUUGAUCUGAAUGUGAUUAUGGAAACAUGCGAACCCAUAGGCGAACCAAAGCCAUUUCCACACAAGAUUGAUGGGAAUCCCCCUAGAGCACCUGCGCAAGGUCCGCCAUUGAAUCAGACAUCCGCCGGAAUUAACAAUCCUUCACCAUCUUAUAGUAGUUCAGUUGCAAGCUGUAGAGUUCCUAGGCCCAUGGAUGGUGGAACUCAUGUGCCUCAAUUCGGGGAUGACCCAACUGUGGCUUCACGAUCUUAUGGUGGUGGCUCUUAUGGCAGCACUUUGGACUCAGGAAGAUACACCCCUUCUAGCACAAUGCCGGUGUAUCCAAAAUCAGAAACUGGCUCUAGUCUUCCACGGCCCUCUGUUAAUAAUUUUGCCCCACCGCCUCAUUCAUCCUAUGUUCAACCACCGCCAAUGUAUGCCAAUAGAGGCCCAGUGGCGAAAAAUGAAGCUCCUCCAAGAAUCUUGCCUAUUGCAGCAUUGAAUCCAUAUCAAGGGAGGUGGACAAUUAAGGCCAGAGUGACGUCAAAGGGAGAGAUCAGACACUACAAUAAUCCUCGAGGUGAUGGCAAAGUAUUCUCCUUUGAUCUUCUUGACUCGGAUGGUGGAGAGAUAAGGGUGACUUGCUUCAAUGCUGUGGCGGAUCAGUUUUACCAUCAAAUCGAGCCUGGUAGAGUGUAUUUGAUUUCCAAAGGAACACUCAAACCCGCACAGAAGGCUUUCAAUCACUUGCGCAACGAUCAUGAAAUUAUGCUGGACAACACUUCGACUGUUCAAAUUUGCUAUGAGGAUGAUAAAUCUAUUCCGCAGCUGCAAUUUCAUUUUCGCCCCAUCAGUGAUAUCGAGAGCUUGGAGAACAACAGUGUUAUAGAUGUGAUUGGAGUUGUUUCUUCAAUCAGCCCGUCAAGCUCCAUUAUGAGAAAAAAUGGUACUGAAACUCAGAAACGUACUAUGCAGCUGAAGGACAUGUCUGGGCGAAGUGUCGAGCUUACUUUCUGGGGAAAUUUCUGCAAUGCUGAAGGUCUAAACUUGCAGAACUUUUGCGAUUCUGGGGUAAAUCCUGUUUUGGCAGUGAAAUCUGCUAGAGUGAAUGAUUUUAACGGGAAAUCAAUUGGAACAAUAUCCAGUAGCCAGCUGUUUAUAGAGCCUGAUUUUCCUGAGGCCCGAAAUCUCAAGGAAUGGUUUCUUAAGGAAGGAAAGAACACUCCUACUGUAUCUAUAUCAAGGGAAACCAACAUUGUUCGGGCAGAUAUACGCAAGGCUAUAACUCAGAUCAAAGACGAGAAGCUAGGGACCUCCGAGAAGCCAGAUUGGAUUACAGUUUCUGCAACUCUAACAUUUGUCAAAGGCGAAAAUUUCUGCUAUACGGCAUGCCCUAUCAUGAUUGGGGACCGGCAAUGCAACAAAAAGGUUACAAAUAAUGGUGAUGGUAAAUGGCGAUGCGAGAGGUGCGAUCAGGUUGUCGAUGAAUGCGAUUAUCGGUACAUCCUCCAGAUGCAAAUCCAGGAUCACACUGGCUUAACCUGGGUCACUGCAUUUCAGGAGACUGGAGAGGAGAUUAUGGGAAUAUCGGCGAAGGACUUGUAUUACAUGAAGUAUGAAGAACAAGACGACGAGAAAUUCUCCGAGCUGGUGAGAGGGGUCCUUUUUACCAAGUUUUUGUUCAAGUUGAAAGUUAAGGAAGAGAUUUUUAGCGAUGAGCAGAGGGUGAAAUCGACAGUGGUGAAAGCAGAGAAGAUAAAUUUCCAGACCGAGACCCGGUAUCUUCUCGAUUCUAUAGGUAAAUUCAAAGGCGAGGACUCGGGAUCUAUACCUUCAAAACCUGAAAAUGUCAUGUCAACGCCUGGAAUUAGCAUUGGUGGGAGACAAUCCACUUUGUUGGGUACAAAUUACGGCGGAGUUUCUACUAUGACCAAUACUUCUAAUGGUCUCCCGAUGAGUCAGAUGAAUUCCUACGGCAAAGCUUCGACUAUGACCAUUACUUCCAGCGGUAUCCCGGCGAGUCAGAUGAAUUCCUACGGAAAUCAAUAUGGUGGCUCAAGAUACCCUCCGAUUGGCUCUGGAUACACUAGUUGCAGUAGCUGUGGUGGUACUGGGCAUAGCCCCGGAAACUGCCCGAGCCUUAUGGCUAGUCCAGGAAAGGCAUAUGUGAGUAAUCGCCAAGGAGCGAGCGCUGGCAAUGGUGCAUCUUCCGAGUGCUACAAAUGCCAUCAAUUCGGGCACUGGGCUAGGGACUGUCCUGGGACGGGGAAUCUCAGCGAGUCGACUCCAGGAGCAGCUGCUGGCGGGGGCGGCGGAUCGGGUGAGUGCUUCAAAUGCCAUCAAUUCGGGCACUGGGCAAGGGACUGUCCCGGGACGGGCAGCGGCGGCGGCGCUCCGGCCGGGAGGUAUGGCAUGGCAGCAAAGCAACAUGUUGGGGGAUUUUAAGCAUGAUGAGAGGUAUUAUUUGCAAAUAUGACUUGAAUUUUUGUGAAAAAAAAGGAAGAAGAAAAUGGAGGCAGUAUUGGUAGAGCCAAGUUUUGAUUAUGAAUAGUUAUGCAAUUUGUGGUUUUUGUACAGCUAGUUUCUGGUAUGUUAUCCACAAUGGCUCUCUGGUUUAGUAGUUAAUUUUUAUGUGGUGUUAUGUGUUAGAAUAAAUGGGAACUUCUAGGAUUUUACUUUUUGUGUAAAUUAUUGUUGCUAUUAAAAUAGUUUUAAAUCUUGGUUUCUUGA